AAUGAUAAAAAUAUAUUUGAUCCAAUUAUUUAAUUAGGAACAAACAUGAUUAAUUAAUCAAAGUAGGAUGAUAUUUUUGAUCCUUUCCCCUUCAUAUGCAAACAAAUAAAGAAAGUCGAAAUUUUGGUUUUAAAACGGGCAUGUCUCUGUUGGGUCCCCAUUUCUGGCACAAAAGACAAAAAUGCUUCUUUUUGAACUUCCUUAAAACCUUCAAAACCCUAAAAUCCCAUUCUGCUUUGCCAACACUAUUGCUGUGAUUGCCCAAAGGGAGAUGGCUCCUAAAGGCAAAGGAAAUGGGAAGAAGAAAGGGAAAGGUAAAGGGAAUUCGAAAGAAACAAAAUGCAAAGCAAAUUCCGACUUGUAUUUCCCAAAAGAAGUCGUCUUUAAUAUCCUUUCUCGUCUCCCUGUGAAGACCCUUUUACAAUUCAGGUGUGUUUGCAAGCAAUGGAACAAACUCAUUUACAAGCCCGACUUCAUAGCUGCUCAUUUCCGCCGCUCUUCUUCUUUGCAGCGUUCCGGUUCGUCCCUUAUUAUAGGCAGCCGCCAUCAAGAGUCCAAUAAUCAUGUACUCUCACUAUACAACCCGCCUGAUUCACUUGUCGAGCUGGACAGCCCCUUUCCUUGCUUCUUUCCCAAUAUGUACAUUGUGGGUCCUACCAAUGGCAUUGUGUGUCUCUUUAAUCCACCUUGGGGUGAAUUGAUUACCCUUUGGAACCCGGCAAUGAAGCAGUAUAAAAUGGUGCAGCUCUCUGAAAGUUUACCCAUUCAGGGACUGCACUCUUUGGCGUCGGUUGGAGUGGCUUUUAAUUACCAACAAAAUGAUUUGUUGGUCUUGAGAAUCUUUUGUGUCGAGCUACUGUCUCCAGUCCCGAACCACAUUGAAAUGUAUUCUGCCAAGAGUGGCAGAUGGAAGAAGCUGAAAAAUGAGAUGGUUUUUUAUAUUCUUGAGUUUAUUUGCAAUGCGAUUGUUAAAGGGGUGCCUUAUUGGUUGGUUUGUAUGCCUGAUAAAUUUGGGGUGCGAGCUGUGUUAAUGCGCUUUGAUGUGGGCAAAACAGAAUUUGAGAAGUUACCAUCGAUAGGAAGGCGUAGGCAGCAUCAAUUUCUUGUGGACUUGGAGGAUUCUCUUUGUAUGUUAGAUUGGGAUCACAAAGACGAUUGCCGUAUAGAUGUUUGGGUACUAGAUGAUGUGGAUGGUUGGAGUAUGAAAUACAGUGUUGGAACGUCAUUCAGGUUUGACCAAAUCUUGGGUUGUUUGAGGAAUGGUGACAUUAUAGCUAAGAAUGAUAAAGGAGUGGUAUUCUUGUGUGAUCCCAUAACUAUGUCAGUCAAGGAGAAAUUCAGCCUUGAUAGUAAGGAGGGAUCAUGUGUGGUUGUUGACUAUUCAGAGAGCCUAUUUCUGUUCGGAGGGAUGCUACCAGUUAAGAAGCAAGAUGUUCAAGAUAAAGUGGCACGCAAAAAACUCACGAGGGCUUGCUUAAAGUUCUUGACGGGACAACCCUCAGAAAUCGUCCUACCGUGAUUGCCCCUUUUUGGUUGACCUCAGGGAUGGCAUGAAAAACUUUUUGAUGUCUUUUUAGUUGGAAGAUAGCAUGUAUGUCGUUUUUUGGUGAAUUCAUGUUUGUGGUAAAAUCCUUUUUUGAGUUUUUUUUCUGCUUCGUAACAUCUAUCUUUAUGUUUCCUUCACUCAAUGUUUGCGCUGUACUUCUUUUUGUUUCGUAGUUAUUUGCCUAUGUGAACUGGUCUGACUUCAUGUGUA